AUGUUUGCACCAACCAAGCAGCUCGAAACCGCAACAGCCACUCUUCCCACUCAGCCACCUGCCGAUACAGCAACACAAGGGGCAUCCAUUCCUGCUCCGACUGAGACUAUCUCCCAGCUAGCACCUCAGCUCGCUCCGGAAGUGCCUCCGGCUGUGCCCCCGGCUGUGCCCCCGGCAGCACUUGAACCUGUCCCGGAAGUACCUCCAGCACCAGCCUCGAAUGUUACCCAGUCAGAGCCUCUGCCAGUAGCUGAGCCAGCUUUACAAGUACCUACCAUAGAACCAGUGGCGACAGAACCUGUAGCGCCUCUUCCUACAGUAUCGCUUCCUGAAGCGUCACCCCCCACAGCUUCAACUCCUGAAGGUUCGACUGCUACAGCACCUGUUCCUGAGGCGCCACUCCCCACAGCGCCUCUACCAGUAGCAUCGCUUCCUACGUCGUCUCUUCUCGUGACGUCUGUGCCAGCAGUACCUCUUCCCGAGAACCAGCCGCCCAUAGCUUCACUUCCAGAGAAGACGCUCCCCACAGUGCCUCUUCCUGUGACAUCGAUUCCUACAGCGUCUCUGCCGGUAACAUCGCUUCCUAUAACUUCACUCCCUGAGGCGUCUCUACCGGUAGUGUCUCUUCCAGUAGCAUCACUUCCUGAGGCAUCUCUCCCAACAGUGCCUCUUUCAAGUGUACCAACGGCCCUUCCCACUGCAGGGACAGAAUUACCUCUGCCGGCUCCUACUGCACCAUUACCUGCCGCUGCGCCCGGGACACUAGCAAAUGCAGCAUCAGGAUUGGCUCCGUCGGUUGCAACGACUACUAAGUGA